UCUAGUGCUUCAUAAUAUAUCUUUCUUUCUUUGUAUCUUCAUAAAAAAAGCUUCGAGUGGUGUCACAAUACAAUAUUCAUCUUCGAUAUUUUUAUCUCAUCAUUUCAAUUCACACUGAGUUUAUUCCAUUAAUUUUCAAAGAAUUAAGAUGGCGGCUUAUGCAGCUUUAAUUUCUCUUAUGCGUAUCAUAGAUGAUAUUGAAACUCAUCCUUCCCCUCCGAUGUCUCUCGACAAACAACAAGUCCAAUCUCUCACACAAAUAGUUACCUUCUUGCAGGAAUUUCUCGAGGGCUACAAGUCACCAUACGAGUACAGCGACGAAUCAGAUCCCUUGGAGAUUCGCAUUAUGGAUGCAACUCAAGCAGUUGAAGACGUGAUUGAGUCUUAUAUAAUCGACACAAUCAAGCUUUCUGCAGCAGCAACUGAUGACAGUGGCGAUGAACAUAUCAGUUGCAUCCAUUUCUAUCAAGAUCUGCAAAAUGUGAUAGAAAAUAUGGAUUUGAUCAAGAAAGAAGUGACUACGAUAACAAUGGAGAAGGAAGUGCACAACAGAAAGGUGGCAUCUGGUGAUGGUGGUUUAAAAUCCAGUUCCAAUGAGAAGAAGCAUCUAAUGGUAGGGUUUGAUGAUGUGCUUCUUCGACUCCUGCAUAGGCUUACCGAUGGAAACACCAAUCGCAAAAUAAUCCCUAUUGUAGGGAUGGGUGGCAUCGGCAAAACCACUCUUGCAAAAGGUGCGUUUGAACACAAGCUUAUUAAGGAGCAUUUUGAUAUAUGUGUGUGGGCUACCAUUUCCCAAGUGUAUAAUAUAGGAGAAACUCUUAGGGAAGUUCUCACUCAAGAAGGAGAAUCCUCGAGCAAUAUAGAUGAGAGAGAAUUGAAACUAAGAUUACACAAGUACUUAUGGGGUAGGAGGUAUCUCAUUAUAUUGGAUGAUAUGUGGAGUAUAGAUGUAUGGGACAGGUUGAAUUUUUCAUUUCCUGAUUGCAAUAAGGGUAGUCGAAUAUUAGUAACAACGAGGAUGUCAAACUUGGCCGCCCAUUUGACUGAUUCCAAUAGCCUCUUUAAGAUUGGAUUUCUAGACAAAGUUAGCAGUUGGACUUUGUUCUCCAAAAUUGUAUUUGAGGAACAAAGCUUUCCUACUAAACUCGAGACUAUUGGAAAGAAAAUUGUGAAAAAGUGUAAUGGACUUCCUCUGUAUAUUGCUGUGAUAGGGGGUCUAUUGGCUAAAUCUGAACUUACACUAGAUUAUUGGGAGUUCAUAGAGGAAAACUUAAGUUCUGUAGUGAAUUCAGAUAAUGAUGAUUAUUGCUUGACAAUAUUGAGACUGAGCUAUAACCACUUGCCUGCCUAUCUAAAGUCUUGUUUUUUGUAUAUGGGAGUGUUUGAGGAAGACAGUGUAAUUGAUCCUUCAAAAUCGUGCAACUAUGGGUUUCUGAGGGAUUUCUUAAACCAAUAGACAACAAAAGUAUGACAACAAUUGCUGAACAGUACUUGAAAGAACUAGUUGAUAGAAAUCUCAUCCUAGUUCAUAAAUUGGAGAUACAUGAGAAUGUAGAAUUUACAAAAUUCAUGAUUUACUUAGAGAUUUAUCUGUGAAAGAAGCUGAAAAACAGAGGUUUUUCAUGUCUUGAGGGAACAAAGUCCGCAAGAACUAAUUAGCCAACAACGUAUUGUUAUUCCUAGAAGCACUUCAAAGGAAAAAAUCCAGGAUGCCUUGGAACAUAUGCCCUAUGCUCGUUCUUAUCUAGUAUUUGGUAACAAAGAAGUUUCUCGAUUCCCAAAUUCUAGGUUUUUAAGGAUAUCGCAUAUGUGUGGUUCGCUAAGUGAAGAGGAGUUUUUACAAUUAAACGUUUUUCAGUUGAUGAACUCACGAUACCAUGCUUUUGAAACUCGAAAGGAGUUUGUAAUUCCUUCUUCCAUCAAUCUGCUUUGGAAUCUAGAUACACUCAUUAUUCUUUCCUGGGAAAAUUUGAUUGAACCAACUGAAAUCUGGAAUACGUAUAAACUCAGGCAUCUAGAGCUUAAAGUUUCGACAUUGCAUCUCCUAGAUCCUCGGAGCACGGACGAUGAUAUUAUUAUCAUGGAGAAUCUAGAAGUGCUCAAUAGAGUGCAAAAUUUCAAUAUAAGUGAAGAUGAUGUUAAAAGAAUUCCCAAUAUCAAGGAAUUGAAAAUGACAUAUUGGGGGCAGCUAAUUGAUGGAGUGAAGUAUCUGAGCUGUCUUCACUGUCUUAGUAAACUGGAAUCCUUGGAGUUGUGGGCCCACUCCCUUGGCAUUCGAAAGUAUCUGCUGAAGAUCAAGUUCCCACCCUCCCUUAAAAUUUUGAUUCUCCGGAUACGAAGUGAUUUUGAGUGGGAGGACAUACUGCAAAUCAUAGGUUCGUUACCACUUCUUGAGAAGCUUGUACUACAUGAAGGCCGCUUCAAAACACGUGAGUGGGAAACAACGGAAGACCAAUUCCAGAGUCUCAAGUCACUAACAUUGUAUGGUUGUGGUGAUCUAGAACACUGGACAGUGUCAGAGAGCUCCCACUUUCCACAUCUUACAGUGCUCUGUCUUUUUGGGUUAGAUAAAUUGACGGAGAUUCCAUCAGAAAUUGGAGAAAUACCAACACUCACGUUAAUUCAAUUGUAUUGUUGCAAUGAGACGGUGGUGCUGUCAGCUAAAAAGAUAUUAGACGAACAAGAGGAUUUACAUGGAGACCAACUAGACCUUCUUGUUUACGCUACAGUUUGGAAGAAAGAUGAAGCGCUGCAGAAGUUGGCAACUUCCAAUUUUAUAGUUACAGUGGCGCGUUGGUCACCUAAUGCAUAGUCUAAUUUCACCCCUCUUUCUUUUUUGGGUUUUUCUAGUCAAGUCAUAUCACUCGGGCUUAUUUUGGGCUUUGUAAAUAUGUAGAAGCGGAAAUAGUCAACUUUCUCUUCCUCCUUUAAAAAUAAGAAAUUUUUAUUAAUUUGUCC